GAACCUCUGUGACUGGAAUGUGCUAGCUUGCGCCUGAUACUGCAUACUAAUAACGGCUAGCUAUGAUCACAUUUACUCCUCUGUCGGGUGCAGCUGGCACGGUCCGUACAGUUCCUUUGGCAUACUUGCUGCAGGUCGACGACGUCCGGAUUCUACUGGACUGCGGGUCUCCGGACUGGUGUCCUGAACCGUCUUCCGAGGAGGGAGAUGACGUCCUAUCAUGGACAAAGUACUGUGAUGCUUUGAAGGAAUGUGCCCCCUCCGUUGACCUUGUUCUGCUCUCACAUGGCGACCUGUCUCACUCGGGUCUCUACCCUUACGCGUACUCGCACUGGGGUCUUACCGCGCCUGCGUACACGACGCUCCCCAUCCAGGCUAUGGCGAAAACUGCUGCGACCGAAGACGUCGAGGCCAUCCGUGACGAGCAACCGGUGGAGGACAUCGCACCUCCCUCCGAGGAAAGCCUUGCACCAGAAGGUUCAGUCUCCCCAUCCCCAAAUAACGCAACUCCCCCAGCCUCUUCUCCGACACCCUCCCCCUCCUCACGUGCUGUGAAGCACAGAUACGUCGCUACUGUGCAGCAAGUUCACGAUGCAUUUGACUCUGUGAACGUCUUGCGGUACUCCCAACCGUGUCAUCUUCAAGGAAAAUGCCAGGGCUUGACCAUCAUCCCGUUCAACGCUGGCCAUACUCUGGGUGGCACAAUCUGGAAAAUUCGCUCCCCUUCAGCAGGGACGAUUCUCUAUGCUGUUGAUAUGAACCACAUGCGAGAAAGACAUCUUGACGGCACCGUUCUCAUCCGCCAAGGCUCGACUGGGGGAGUCUUCGAGAGCCUGGCACGUCCGGAUCUUCUCAUUACUGACGCUGAACGUGCCAAUGUGACUACUGCACGGAGGAAAGACAGAGAUUCCGCCUUGCUAGAUUGCGUCACCGCUACCCUCUCUUCCCGCAACUCGUUGCUGCUGCCUUGUGACUCAAGUACCAGGGUACUCGAGCUCCUAGUUCUGCUCGACCAGCACUGGAACUACUCUCGACUGAAGUAUCCGAUCUGCCUGCUCUCGCGAACAGGCCGGGAGAUGUUAACAUUCGUCCGGAGUAUGAUGGAGUGGCUUGGCGGCACUAUCAGCAAAGAGGACGUCGGUGAAGACGGCACCAACCACGGCAGGGACCGACGGAGACGAGACGAGGACAACGACGAAGAGGCUCUAGGCGCAUUUGCUCUACGCUUCCGACACUUGGAGUUCUUUUCUAGUCCUCAGGCACUGAUGAGCACAUACUCCACCAAAGAUCCCAAGCUGAUACUAGCAGUCCCAGCCACUCUCUCGCACGGUCCAUCUCGUAGCCUCUUUGCUCACUUCGCUGAGAUACCCGACAACGUCGUGCUGUUGACUGGAAGGAGCGAGCCAGGAACGCUCGGGAGAAUCCUCUUCGACAAGUGGAAUAACUCCCAGCGUGAGGAAGCGAAGUGGGACCGCGGCAAGAUCGGGAACAACAUCAUGAUGGACGGCGUACUGCGUCUCGAGAUUCACAAGAAAGUGCCUCUCCAAGGCGACGAGCUCGAGGAGUUCCUUGCGAAAGAACGCGCGGUUAAGGAGAAAGAGGCAGCUCAUCAGGCUGCGCUCGCACGCACGCAACGCAUGCUAGAAGCAGACGAGGGCCAGAGUGACUCGGAUAGCGACGAUGAGGAUGAAUCCGAUGACGACGAAGAGGAUGAGGUGGAGCGCGAGCUGGGCGAGGAUCUCAUGGACGCGACGGACGACCUCAAGCGCUCCCGCCAAGGUCCUAACGCAACAACUCGGUCUGGAACCAAGCGCAAAAGAGGCGAGGGCGGCGGGGGAGACGGGACCGACUGGGUGCUCGGCAACGAAGCGGACGAGGGCGCGACGCGAAUAUCGUUCGACAUCUACCUGAAGGGCAACGUCGCGAAGGCGACUUCGUUCUUCAAGAGCGCCGACGGCCAGACGCAGCGCUUCCGUAUGUUCCCAUACGUGGAGAAGAAGCGGAAGGUGGAUGAGUAUGGCGAGACGGUGGAUGUCGGUACGUGGCUGCGGAAGGGCAAGGUGCUCGAAGAGGACGCGGAGGACGAAGAAACGAAGGAUGCGCGGCGGCGGAAGGAGGAGGAAGAGGCUAAGAAAGCACCACAGGAACCACCUUCAAAGUUCGUGACGUCGAUUGCGGAGGUGCAGCUCGCCUGUCGCUUGUUCUUCGUCGACCUGGAGGGUCUCAACGAUGGACGUGCCGUGAAAACGAUCGUCCCCCAAGUCAAUCCUCGGAAGAUGAUUCUCAUUCAUGCACCCCAAGCUGCAACAGAUGCUCUCAUUGAGAGCUGUGCAAACAUUCGGGCUAUGACGAAGGAGAUAUAUGCCCCAGCUCAAGGCGAAACCGUCCAGAUUGGCCAGCAGACCAACAGCUUCUCGAUAUCGCUCAGCGACGAACUGCUAGCUUCGAUCAAGAUGUCUAGGUUCGAGGACAACGAGGUGGGCUACGUGGCAGGUCGGAUCGCUAGCCUUGCGACGUCCAUGAUUCCGGUGCUCCAACCGGCAUCAUCGGCCUCCUUGCAGACACAAGCCGCCAGCUUGCAACCCGUGCAAGUUCGCAUGCUAGGGUCACGACCGAAGCAGCCUCUACCACAGUCUACAAUGAUUGGCGAACUCAAGCUCACCUCACUGAAGGCUCGCCUCGCUCAGGUCGGGGUACAGGCCGAGCUUGUCGGUGAGGGUGUCCUCAUCUGUGGCGCAGCAGCGAAGAAAGGCGCGAGUGCAGACGCUCUGGAGGACUCGGUCGCGGUCAGGAAGACCGGGCGUGGACGUGUCGAGCUCGAGGGCUCCAUCUCGGACAUCUACUACAAGGUCCGCAAGGAGAUCUAUGCCCUGCACGCGCUCGUCGCGGCUUGAUCUGUGUCGUUAUUCUGUUGUAUUGUAUGGAUCCGCCUUCCAAACUGA